GAUCACUGAUCACUGAUCAGCAUGCCAAUGAAUUGACGUUGGCAAGACGUUGGCUUCGGCGUCGGUGUCGGUGUCGGCGACGCCUUCACCCGGAAGGACACCCACCGGACACGGUUUGAGCCUUUUGAUGCAUGAUUGACCGGGUGACGGGUCUGUCCAUCACCGCUGCCAAGUGGAGGCCACAAAGUCAAAAGCCUGGAGUUUACUGCGCACCAUCUUGACCUCUUGACCCUCAUCCUUCCUCGUCGCGUCGACGCCCGCCGUUCCUUUCAAAACUCUACCCUCUCUACAACAACAAAUCGCCAUGGACGCCAUGCUGAACAACGAGCGGCUCUCGCUCUACUCCAUCCCCGCAAUGUACGUUCUCUCGCUCGUGCCGGCUGUCCUUAAGAACCGGCUCGUCGGGUCGCAGGCUGGGUGGGACAACGUCAACCCGCGCCAGAACCUCGAACGCGCCGUCACGAAGAACAAGAUUAGCGCGGAGGUUGCCGCGCGCGUGCGCCGCAUGGAGGGUGCGCAUGCCAAUGCCAAUGAGGCACUGCCGCUGUGGUUCGCUGCUGUCCUCGCGGCGAACUACGCAGGCGUGGAUGCGCGCACGGCAAACGUCGCGUCGAUCGUCUUCCUUACCCUACGCGCCCUCCACACCUACACAUACAUCACGCAGACAACGCGCGUACGCUCGCUCUUCCGCUCGCUCGCAUGGUUCGGCAGUGUGGGCAUUGCCAUCCGCCUCCUCAUCCAGGCGGGCAACAAGGCGCGCUACACAUGAAUCCACCACCGGCGCCGCCAUCGCUGCUGCGGAGCUCCGACGUAUGGACGACAUCUGCUGCUGCUGCAUGGACGGACGCUGCUUUUCAUGCCUUAACGUAGGACAUUAAGUUCGGAGUCGCGGUUAUUUAUGUCUACUUUAUUAAUAUUGC